AAGUUAGAUGGUGAAGAUAAAGAGAGACGCCAUAUGUAUCUCUCUUUCUCGUGUGAUAAAAUGAUUUCACGUUUUGAUGAAAACUAGAGAUCUUAGAAGGAAAAGUCCCUAAGUAGAGUCUCUUUGUGACUCUUAUUAGAGAGAGGGAAAUCUAGGGAAAUCAACAGUGCGAGCAACGGCGUUUUUAACUCAAUUCCGUGUCCCCGCGCGUCUCUCGUCCGCGACAAAACAGAAAUUCGAAAGAGGAGCCACUCCUCUCGCCGAAUCACCACGCGAUGCGCACAAGUGACCCGCUCCACGGCUUCCUCUGAAUAUCCUCGUUCGUAGGCGCGCGCGAUACUCGCGGUGAUGCUAGUCGCACGCAAUACUCGCUGACACGAGUGUGUGGAUUCGACUUGACCAGGAAAUCACACUCCCAAGACAAAGAUGUUAGUCUGGAUUUUCUUAUUGUUCCUGGCUUCUGGAAAUGGUCAAUUUACUCAGGAAUCGACAGAAUCCACAUCUAAACUUCCAUGGAAUCGUUAUGAGGAUCAGUGGGAUCAGAAUGCAGGUUUUGGAUUCCGGAAUCCUUCAGGUCAAAACGAAAAUGUUAUAAUUAAGGAAUCCACAUAUUUUGUAGUUGCAUCUCGUAUGGUUAGACCAGAUCAAGUAUAUCGAGUUGCCGUGAACAUUCUUCAUAGCCCAUUGCCUAUGAUGGUACGUUCGUCCAUUCAACGAAAUGGCAUAGAAAUAGCGGCCGAUUAUCAAGAAGUGAAAGAAGGUAUACCUGAAACUUUAAUGAUGCGCAUGCCACCUACUUCUGUGGGUGGUGAUUACAAGUUACGGGUGGAAGGAAUGUACAACAGUCUGAAAGGUGGCCAAGCCUUCUUAAACGAAACCAAAUUAAUAUUCUCACAACGCUCUAUGACUAUUUUUAUACAAUUAGACAAACCUAUGUACAUGCAAGGUGAAACAGUACGGUUCAGAACAAUUCCAAUCGAUACGGAAUUGAAGGCCUAUAACAAUCCCGUGGAUGUAUAUAUGUUAGAUCCAAACAGGAGAAUUAUGAGGAGAUGGUUAAGUAGACAGAGCAAUUUGGGCACAGUAUCGUUAUCAUAUCAGCUAUCAGAUCAACCGGUUUUCGGGGAAUGGAUCGUGCAAGUAAUAGCGCAGAAUCAAGUGGAGGAAAAGACAUUCCUUGUGGAAGAAUACUAUCAAACACGAUUCGAAGUUAACGUCACGAUGCCAGCGUUUUUUUUUGACAACGAUCCCUAUAUUUACGGUAUAGUUCAAGCGAAUUACACUUCGGGCGCACCAGUGAGAGGUAAUUUGACUCUAAAAGCUAGCUUCAAACCACUGGAUAGAACACGUAGUUCCUCAAUGGCGAUCGAUCCGAUUGAGAGGUACUUCAACUUCAACGAGUAUUAUCCGGCAUGGUUUAGACCACUCAAUUUAUACGAGGAGAGAACACCAGUGCUAAGGUUCUUUAACGGAACGUAUCACUUUCAAUAUCCCAUGCAGGAAUUAUUGGGCUUCGCUCCGUCGAUCGACGGAAUGGAAGUUACCGUGGUUGCAACGGUAGGCGAGAGAUUCCUGGACGAAGUGAUCGUCGGUUACUCUACGGCGAGGAUUUUCAAUUCCACCACGAAAAUUCGUUUCCUUGGCGGUAGUCCGCAGGUUUUCAAGCCGGCGAUGCCAUUCACGUUGAAUCUCGUCGCAUCCUUCCACGACAAUUCGCCGCUACGACCCACGCAACUUAGGGAUACUAUGAUGGAGAUCCGCGCGGACAUCGAAAUGCGAAGCGGCGGUCGACGCAACAUCGACACACAAUACCCGAAGGCAUUGCCGGAACGCGCAGACGUGUGGUCUGUGAAGAUGGAUCUUAGGAAACAACUUGGGCUGGAACACGACGCCGAUCGCGCUAAUCAAAUCCUCAACGAUAUCGCCUCUAUGAGGAUUUAUGCGCACAUCACCGAUGGCGAGGGUUACAGGGCGCAAACCGAAUUGCUGAUGCUCGUUCACGAAUCUCCGAAUAUGAAACACAUCAAAAUAUCAACGUCCACCGAGAAGCCCAAAGUCGGCGAAUACAUGGUGUUCCACGUGCAGACCAACUUUUACAUCGAUGCCUUCAACUAUCUCAUCAUGGCGAAAGGUACAAUACUUCUGACUGGUGAGGACAACAUGCAGCAUAAUGUAAAGACUUUUGCGAUCCCUCUGAGUCCCGAGAUGGCUCCGGUUGCGACGGCGGUGGUAUAUUAUGUAGGUCGCUAUGGCGAAGUCAUUGCAGAUUCUCUGACCUUCCCAGUAAACGGCAUUUCGCGCAACAAUUUCACCGUGUUCAUCAACAACAAGAAGGCGAGGACGGGCGAGCGCGUCGAGGUAGCUAUUUACGGUGAGCCCGGUGCCUACGUCGCUCUAUCGGGUAUCGAUCGUUCGUUCUAUACCAUGCAAGCGGGCAACGAACUGUCGUACGCGAACGUGAUCACAAAAAUGGCUCACUUUGAUGAAGAUACCAAUAGCACCCACACGCAUACCUGGCAGUAUCACGAUGGCGAUCCGGAUGAGAUGGUAUACUUCCCGUCCUCCACUUUCGGUAUCGACGUCAAUCGUACGUUUGAUUACAUCGGGCUGGUAGUCUUCACAGAUGCCGUGAUACAUCGGCGAUACGAACUCUGCAACCGAACCCAAGGAUUCGGCGAAUGUCUGUCCGGUCGAUGCUAUAGGCUGGAGAAGAAAUGUGACGGCGUGUUCGAUUGCGAGGAUGGCACGGACGAGGCGCGAUGCGUCGAGCGUAAUGCGACCGACUUGGCACAGUUCCGCAAGUGGCGUUUCAACCGAAUUCAAAGGCACUACGAGAACGUAUGGCUAUGGAAGGAUAUCAACAUCGGUCCGCACGGUCGUCAAAUCUUUAAUCUGGAUGUGCCACGAAGACCGGUACAUUGGAUGGUUACCGCAUUCAGCAUGUCACCCAGCAUCGGAUUUGGCAUGUUACCGAAAGCGUUAGAGUACACCGGAGUUCUGCCGUUUUAUAUAAACGUGGAGAUGCCAACUCACAGCAGACAGGGCGAGCAAAUCGGUAUCCGCGUGUCCGUUUUUAAUUAUAUGCGUUAUAAUAUCGAGGCAACAGUGGUAUUGGCAGGUUCCAGAGACUACAAAUUUGUCCAUGUCGAAGAGAAUGGUAUUGUGCAGUCGUACAAACCGCGGACCUCCUUCGGCGAGCACCAGUUCUUCAUCUGGAUCCCUGCUCAGGACGCCAGUAUCGUUUAUCUACCCAUCGUUCCGGUACGACUCGGCGACAUCAAGGUCCACGUCUAUGCAACCACUCUAAUCGGCAGAGACUCGGUGACUCGCAAUCUGCAUGUCGAGGCAGAUGGAUUGCCGCAGCAUCGACAUCAAUCGAUUUUGCUGGAUCUCAGCAAUCGCGCCUACGUAUUCCAGUACAUGCACGUGAACAUCACCGAAACGCCGAUCAUCUCGUCGUACGAUGAGAACCGUUACUACGUAUUCGGAUCGAAUAAAGCAACCAUUAGCUUGGUCGGCGACGUGGUGGGACCUAUCUUCCCAACGAUGCCGGUGAACGCGACGAGUCUUAUGAAUCUACCGAUGGACUGCGCCGAGCAGAACAUGUUCAGCUUUGCUGCCAACAUGUACACCACUCUGUAUAUGCGCUUGAUCAACCAACGCAAUCGCACGCAAGAAAAGGAGAGCUUCUAUUAUAUGAACAUUGGAUAUCAGCGACAGUUGUCGUUUAUGAAUCCCGACGGAUCUUUCAGCUUCUUCCGUACUGAUUGGAAUCAAUCAAUGCCGAGUGUCUGGCUAACAGCUUUCUGCGCACGUAUCUUCCAAGAGGCCAGUUUCUACGAAUGGGAGAACUACCUGUACAUCGAUCCUGAGGUGAUCGCCCAGGCGGUCUCUUGGAUAUUAAAGCAUCAGACACCAGAAGGCGCUUUCUACGAAGUGACGUGGCUGCCAGAUCGAAAGAUGAACAGCUCCUUGAAUUAUAGAAAUGACAUAAUCGCCAAUCGGAACAUCAGUCUCACUGCUCAUGUGCUCAUCACAUUGGAAAGUGUCAAGGAUCUCACGGGCGGUCUAGGUUCUCAAGUGGCCUUAAGCGCGGCCAAUGCCAUCAGAUGGUUGGAGAGGAAUCUGAAGUUAUUGGAGGAACGCGGCAAGCCUUAUGAGAUAGCGAUAGUAGCCUAUGCGCUGUUGGUGGCGAAAGCCUCGACUGCCGAGCAAGCUUUCAACAUCCUGGCAAGACAUGCGCGGAGAGAGGGCGGUUUGACGUACUGGGGUCGAGAAAAAGUACCACCUCCUCCAUAUAAAAUGGAGAAUCAAAAGCCUUUCUUGCUGCCGCGCUUACCCUACAAAUACGACUCGGAGAACAUAGAGACAACAGCAUAUGCACUACUCGUUCACGUCGCCCGACAGGAAAUCAUGAUAGAGCCGAUAGUGAUGUGGUUAAACGCGCAAAGAUUAACGGACGGAGGAUGGGCCUCCACUCAGGAUACUGUUUGGGCGAUGAAGGCACUGAUGGAAUACACGGUGAGGUCAAGAAUCAGGGACGUCAGUUCGCUCACGGUAACUGUAGAAGCUACCGCUUUGCCGGGGAAAGUCAGAACGUUGACUGUGAACGACAAGAAUUUGGCGAAGCUACAAACUAUCGAAAUUCCAGAAGCAUGGGGAACCGUAAAAGUUCAGGCAAAGGGUGCGGGUUAUGCUAUUCUGCAGAUGCAUGUGCAGUAUAAUGUUGAUAUAAAAAAAUUUCAAACACAACCACCGAUUCGAGCCUUUGAUCUAGUCACCAGAGCGAAUUUCCAUGGCAGAAAUCAGUCUCACAUUUCAUAUCUUAGUUGUCAGAGAUGGACGAAUCUCGCCGAAUCUGCGCGUUCCGGUAUGGCUGUGUUGGAUGUAGGCAUACCAACAGGUUACAUAAUCCAACAGCAAACUUUGGACAGAUAUAUUCGAUCGAAGCAGGUGAGAAAUCUUCAAAGAGCACGUUUCCAAGAGAAGAAAGUACUCUUCUACUUCGACUAUCUGGAUAGUGAAGAGACGUGCGUAAAUUUCACGGUGGAACGUUGGUUUCCGGUUGCAAACAUGUCGCGGUAUCUCUCCAUUCGCGUUUACGAUUACUAUUCGCCAGAACGUUUCAACGAAUCUAUAUUUGAUGCACUGCCUACGUAUACUUUAAAUAUAUGCGAGGUCUGUGGCAGUUCUCAGUGCCCCUACUGCCAAAUUUACAAUGCUGCUACGCUUUUAGCCACGCCAGCAGGUUUUCUGCUUAUCGCAUCGCUCGUCGUCACAAUAACGAGGUACUUCCGAACGCAGCAAUUUGGUGACGGUUAGCAAUAACACAAAGGUAAAAGAAAGAUAUUCAAUCCUUAUCCAUUUUCCAUUGCCAUGAUCUGCCUCUGCUAAUGGAGCACAAAUAUGGAACGGUACGAUAAUCAAGAACAAAGUACAUGUCCACGAAUCUCAUUUCUAAAGAUCUGAAAGGCCGAUUUUAUAUAACUUUACAAAAAAUGAUACACAUGCGCAAUCAUCAUUAUAUGAAACAAGCUGUAAAUGUUAAUUUCUUUUUCCGGUGAAAGUAAUUGCAUUUAACAAUUUUUACAUGCAAUUCUUAUAUUGAAAAUCUUUGUUACACAAUAUAUGUGUAACAUGGAUAUAUUUUAUAAUUACAAAAAAAAAUUAUGAUUUUUCGUAUAUUUAUUUUCGUAUAUUUGUAAACAAUGUUUUAGAUUACAUUAUCAAGAAAUGAGAAUAUUUUAUUACUUGCUCAAAAGCUUGUAAUAAAAUAUUAAUUAGCUGUAUAAUGCGUUCUUUGUACUUCUAAUUUACAUAAAACGCAAAAAACUAAUUCCCAUCCUAAGACUGUACAAAAAUAAUUAUUUUUGAAAGUAAUAACGCAAUAUCGCACAUUUUAUAUGUUUAUAUUUUUGUAUUGUUUAACGAUUAGUGUUAUCUAUAUAUGCUAUCCAUCUUGUUUUUUUUUUCUAAAUUUUAGAAUGUAUAAAUUUUUUUACACGUUUAGGGCAUCGUACUUUUGGAGGCAAAGCAUCUGAAGUACAAAUCAAGUGUAAUAGUUGUAGCCUUUCAUCAGCUGCGCUAUCAAUUACCAAAAUAAUUAUGGCAAAAGUGUUCAUAGUAACUAAACGAGUAUACCGAAAA